CUUGCGAAUUGCGAUCAAUAUUAUUUUAUCAUGGUACAUAAGUACAUACCUAAUAGUAUUGCCGAUCUCAACUGAGGUUGCACGCUCGUCGUCUCCGUAUUCGGGUGUACUCUCGUUAAAAGUGAUUGCUUUUGUUUUUUGGUCCUUCGUCUGAAAAACAAUAAUUUGUUUAUAAUGUCGUUGGACAAAGAUGAUGGAGCUGUGGAAAAACUCAUGGAGGAGGGAAAAAAGAAAUUGAGUACCGAAGGCGACAAGUAUGAUGAGCUAAACAAAUUGGAAUUAUCCGAUCAUACAGAGACUGCAUACGCUGGCAUGGGUAAAGAAGAAUUAAUGAAAUAUGCCAAUAGUCCGUUCUGGGUGCGACUCAGGUGGUUGUUGUUUGUGACAUUUUGGCUUUCAUGGUUUGCCAUGAUGUUUGGUGCUCUAUUCAUAAUAUUUUUGACUCCUAAAUGUUUCCCACCUUCUAAACACGAAUGGUAUCAGAAGAGUCCAGUCUACAUUAUUAACGCAGCUUCUCUUGUUAACCAAAGUAAUUUGAAUGAAAGAAUUGAAUACAUCCAACAGUUGGGUGUACAAAAUGUAGUAUUGACAUCCGUAUUUGAUGGUGACGGAGAUAAAGUCAUAGAUUUCAUGCAAGUAAAUAAAUCUUUGGGAAGUAAUGAUACAAUGAAAGAUUUUAUUAAAAAUUUAAAAUCUAAAGGUAUGAAAGUAAUAUUGAGAUUAGUUCCUAAUCAUUCUUCAAAGACAAACAUGAUGUUUGUGCGCUCAGUCCUAAAAGAACAAUUUUACGAUAGUUUUUACAUUUGGAAUUCUGGUUCUAGUAACGGUACACAACAUUAUCCUAUAAACAAUUGGUUAAGUGUAACUGGAGAAUCUGCCUGGAGUUGGGAUGAUAAUCGAAAACAGUAUUAUCUUCACACAUUCUCAGCAGAUGAACCAGACUUCAAUUUCCGCAAUAAAGAUGUUGUAAAUUAUUUCGAGGAAGUGUUUAAGUAUUGGUUGGAUAUGGGAAUAGAUGGAUUGUAUUUGGAUAAAGUUCAAUAUUUGUUUAAAGAUAAGGACUUAAAAAAUGAUUCUCUUAGUAAUAAAGCUACAUCUAUCCUUCCAGAAACCAAUGAGUUGUUAUCACAUUGGGGAGAUUUAAUAAGAAAUUAUUCUGGAAUAUUGAUCGUAAGUGACCUUGAUUCAAAGGAUACUAAGGGAAUAAAUAUGGUUCAUAAUUCUGUGACUUUGACAUCUAAUUUUACUGGAGAACAAUUACUUCAUGUAAUAUUAACUAAAAAAAAUAUGAUGUCAUCUUCUUCCUGGUCUUCAUGGGAAUGGGUAUGUACUGAUAAACCAAAUUGUUGGAAAAAUGAAACAAUCGAUGCAUUUAGUAUUCUUGGCUCAUUGUUACCCGGUGUGCCAUUCAUUAAUGCUGACCCUAAACUCUUUGAAAAUAACAAAAUACCAAAUAUUACAUUUAUUCAAAGUACUUUAAAAGAAUUAAGGUCAAUGCCUACAAUUGAAUUUGGUUCUUUCAAUGUAAAACUAUUAAAUAAUGAUACAGUAUUCGCUUUUGAUAGGGUAAUGAAUGGUUCAGAAAGCCUUUUAUUUGCUUGGAAUUUAAGUCAAAAUGUCACUGUUCUAAACUUGAAUUCAUUUGAUGGAAUUCCUGCAGAAGUAAAUUUGUCACUUUGUACUGAGAGCGCUUGCUCUAUACUUCCUCCUCCUAAAUCAAAAGUCAACAGCAAUCAAUUGAGGCUUGCUGGUGAAUCUGCUGUGGUUUUGACUUUCUAAAUGGCUGAAUAUGCCUAGGAUUAUAAUAGCAUUUAUUGAAACCACUGAACAAAACCAUUAAUCUUUUUGAUUAAGUAUUAAUAUUAAUAAUCAUAACUUAUUAUAUAAUUAAAUUUUAUCUCACUAGUUAUUACUUAUCCCUCCCUACUCUUAAAAUUAUCAAUUAUCUCGUAGUACCUAUAAAAAAUUUACUACUUGAUACCUAUGUAACAAUGUUAUAAUUACUGAUAUUAAAACAAUUUGAACAUAAAA